AGAAACGCCUAUCUAGAGGCAUCUCCCAUGCCAGCUCGUCCAUUGUUUCCUUGGCCCGGUCGCAUGUCUCCACCAAUGGCAGUGGCGAUCAUCCACUAGAGAUGCCAUUGUGCACCUUCCAGCUGCCUGACCUGACCGUGUACAGUGAUGACUUCCGCGGCUUCAUCGAGCACGAUCUCAUUGAGCAGUCCAUGCUGGUGGCCUUGGAGCAUGCCGGUCGCCUGAACUGGUGGAUACAGGUGGACCCGUCGUACCAGAGGCUCCUUCCUUUGGCCACUACAGGAGAUGGGAACUGCUUGCUGCAUGCAGCCUCCCUUGGGAUGUGGGGCUUCCACGACCGAGACCUCAUGCUGCGCAAGUCUCUCUACACUUUGAUGGACAAGGGCGCCGAGAAAGAGGCGCUGAAACGCAGGUGGAGGUUCCAGCAAACUAUGCAGAAUAAGGAGUCUGGCCUGGUCUACACUGAAGAGGAGUGGCAGAAAGAGUGGAACGACUUAAUAAAGCUUGCCUCCAGUGAGCCACGGAUGCAUUAUGGCACCAACGCUGGCAAUGGCGCAGGGACUGAAACCUCGGAGGAGCCGGUGUACGAGAGCUUGGAGGAGUUCCACGUCUUUGUACUUGCACAUGUCCUCAAGAGACCCAUUGUGGUGGUGGCAGACACCAUGCUGAGGGAUUCCGGUGGAGAAGCCUUUGCUCCUAUACCCUUUGGGGGCAUCUACCUUCCCCUGGAGGUCCCACCCGCCAAGUGCCACAGCUCCCCACUUGUCCUGGCCUAUGACCAAGCGCACUUCUCUGCCCUGGUGUCCAUGGAACAGAACGAGCAAAGCAAGGAACAAGCGCCUUUCAUCCCCUUGACGGACUCUGAGCACAAGUUACUACCAGUGCACUUUGCUGUGGAUCCUGGCAAGGACUGGGAGUGGGGCAAGUACGACUCGGAUAAUGUUCGACUGGCAAGUGUCACAUUAUCUCUGGAAGCCAAGUUAAAUCUAUUACAUAAUUACAUGACGGUCACCUGGCUUUCUCUGCCGUGCGAGACGCAGGCUCCUCUCGCCCAGCCAGAGUCACCAACGGCAUCCGCCGGGGACGAGGCAAGGUCUGCCGCAGAAUCUGGAGAGUCAGACAAAGAGUCUGUAUGCAGCAGCUCUGCAAGCAACGGAGGCAGCAAGACUGGGAAAGAGAAGGACAAGUCCAAGAAGGAGAGAGACAAAGAGAAGGAGAAGAAGAGAGCAGAUUCGGUGGCCAACAAGCUGGGCAGCUUUGGCAAGAGCUUGGGGAGUAAAUUGAAGAAGAACGUGGGUGGACUGAUGCACAGCAAGGGCAGCAAGUCUGGCAUGACCAAUGGACAAGGCGACACGCUUGAGAAGAAAAAGAAAGGCUCGCUUAAGGGUCGGAAAGGGAGCAAAGACGACUCAUCCCAGGGGGACUUGUCUACGUCGUCUGAGAAAUCUUCUGGCAAAUCGGCGUCUGACAAAAGCCAGGGUGACCCUUACAAGUACAGCAACGACGUCAAGCUAAGUCUCAGCAUCUUGCGGGCGGCCAUGCAAGGCGAGCGCAAGUUUAUCUUCGCCUGCCUGUUAAAAACCAGCGAGCGCCAGCCGUACCAAAAGCAGAUGAUCCAUAGGUAUCUGACCGAUGCUCAUGAGAGGUUUGUAGCAGAGCAGAAGCAGAGAGAGGCCGAGAAAAAGACUCUGAACUGCGGCACAGCCAAUCGGUUGGAGCAAGACACGUUGCAACCUAAAGCGGAUGAUUUGCUUCCGUUGCCCACCUAUGCCCAGGCAACUGGUAACUAUGGAAUGGCGGGCAUGGACUAUGGGGUGAAAGCAGCGCUACCUUCCAGUUACUCUGGAGGAUUUACCAUCCCAAGACCUUCCAUUGUGAACACUGACGGUGCUCCUAGCUACCAGGACAAUAGAAGGCAAGUUGCAGGUGGGUCUUGUAACGGCAUGCCCUCUUAUGUCACUCUCCCCCGGCAACCUGUACAGGGUCGGCCUAAUGCCUACCAGGCCGGCACGCUACAAGCGGGCGGCCAUUCUCCCUCAGAGACGGAGCUUCCUCCGGUCUACCCCGCAGACAUUGAGCAGACGGUCUGUGUCACGCACAGCAACGGCUACAGAGAAUACACCACCGACCCUGCCCCCGUGUCCAGAGCCGUGUCCUCUGACGGCAGCAAAACCCGGACACUCUAUAAUGUCCAGCAGACCAAGUGUAAGCAAGUUCACUGCACUUUUUACGGACACCCCGAAACGGGGAACUACUGCUCAUGUUGUUACAAGGAGGAACUGAGGCGGAAAGAGAGGGAGAAAGAGGCUUUAAUACACAGGUUCUGAGGCUC